CCUCGCCCUCGCUCCCUCGUCCCGCCUACUUAGGCCCAGCCCCGUCCUUCGUUUUAGCCCCUCCCAGGCGCUCAGGUCCCCGUCAGACACAAUUCUGCAGCGCAGAAUCCUUACGACAAUGGUCCGCUUCCCUCUUUUUGCCACGCUCAUUAGCCUCACCGCGACCCUCGCGGCGGCUCUGCCCUUAAUCCGCGAGACUGCCCUCGUCACCCGCGCCGCCUCCGCCCAAGCCGCUCCCCAUUGGGUCGCUUAUCAGGAUAUGGGUGCCGACGGCGAGAACGGUGCACCCAGCGUAGACUCCAUCAACGGAUUCAACAACUUCCUGCUGUCUUUCUGGACUCCCAACGGCGCUGUCGACCAAGCCGCAAACUGGGUCAACCUCGAUGACGGCACCCGCAGCUCCAUCAAGUCCUCGUACCAGGCCGCCAACAUCAAGCUCAUGAUCUCUGCCUUCGGUGACCAGAUCACGCCGACGACCUCAAACAUGAAUCCAAACACGACCGCAGACCAGCUCGCGGCGUUCGUCAAGCAGUACUCGUUUGAUGGUGUUGAUGUUGACUACGAGGACUUUGCCGCGGUCAACAAGAUGGAUGGCUCUGCUGAGACAUGGCUCAUCCAGUUCACGACCGAGCUGCGCAAGCAGCUUCCCGCUGGGCAGUUCGUCAUCACGCACGCGCCUGUUGGACCGUGGUUCAACGCGGUGCACUACAAGUCGGGCGCAUACGUUACUGUGAACAAGGCUGUCGGUAGCCUCAUUGACUGGUACAAUGUGCAGUUCUACAACCAGGGCACUGACUACGAGACCUGCGACACGCUCUUCACCAAGUCGGCGAGCUCCACUUCUGUCCUGCAGAUCAACGCUACCGGCGUCCCGCUCGACAAGAUCGUCAUCGGCAAGCCCGCGCUCGUCAACAGCGCCGGCGAGGGCGGCUUCAUGAACACGACCGCUCUCGCGUCCUGCCUCACCACCGCGAAAGCCAAGGGCUGGAACGCUGGCGUCAUGGUCUGGCAGUACCCCCAGGCGGACUCGACCUGGAUCCAGGCCGUCCGCGCCCAGGCUUUCCCCGUGUAAUUGACCCCUCUCUCUCUCUCGCGGCACGCUCACGCUCUUUUCUGACCGUCGCAUCUCCAUCCCUCUCAGUUCAUCGGGUAGCUGCAACGGCCCGGCGCGCACCUUCACCACACCGGCCCAUCCCCCUGCUACCCAGAGCACCUCGUCUGUGUCCGCGUCCACGACCACGUCUGUUUCCACGUUCUCAUCCGCGCCUUCGUCCACCUCUGUGUCCGCGGCCACGUCUCGUUCUACGUCUGUGUCCACGUCCGCGUCUGCGUCCCGCCCUGCCUCCACGUCUUCGUCUGCGUCCCGUUCUACAUUCACGUCCGCGUCCUCGGCAUCGACCUCGGCCCCCUCCACGUCGUCUCUCGUUCAUUAACGCUCGAACACUCACCAACAGAAAAUAUCGAUUUCUUCCUUUCAUUUCAGGUUAUAGGUUAUCGGUGAAUGGUUGUUCCUGACUGUUGCCUGCUGAUAUACCUUGCUCAUCUAACUAGACUAGACUAACGGGUUCCAUACGUUACGCUACACUAAGUCGAUACUAGGUCUACUCGCGAUAUUCCUUCCGUUCUUGGGUGUUCAUCCUUCCUAUUCUUUAUUUUUUAUUUGUUCAUGCCGAGGACUCUGACGAACUGUGCUUCUUGGUUGUGUUGUUGCUCAUUCCUUCUUAGCUAUUGUUAUAAUCCUGGGUAGAAAAUGUAAAUAUCUAUCUUGGCUGGGACUCUAUCUCUGUGUCUGUUGUAGCAUGUUGUUUGUGCUCGUGCGCGUUUUGUAUCUGGGGAUUGGUUGAC